AUGAAGACAGUCGCUAUAUUGUCGAUGUUGAGCGCCAGUGUGCUUGCUCAUCCUUCUGGGCUUUGGUGGGGCACAGACACCUGUUACCCAAGCCCCGAGAAUACUGAAAACUCGUGCUUAGAGCCCCAGGAAGAUGGGUUUAAAUGGUCCGAUCUUGCUGAUGGGGACAAUUGGAGCUACGAAGGCUUCAACUUCGUCGGAUUUUCGCCAAGAGACGUUUGCAAUGCUUCCAAUGGCAAGUGUAUCGAGGCAAGGCUUUCUCGGUCCGACAACUAUGCUGUCAAGAUCGAGGCAACCCAAGCCCCGUUCUCUGUUCAAAAGUUUCAUCUUUCGACAUCGCGUGAGACUUUGCUCAGGUUGAACUACGAGAUGACGGAUGGCUCCACCUGUCACGAGCUCGCAUUUAGUUCACCAGACGGGGUCGAUGUUGUCAACCAGCAGUGUGGUGGCGCUGUUUCUGUCGAGUUCGCACUUCCUGAAGACAGCAAGUUUGGUGAAUGUGAUUUAAACAUCCACGAGAUUAACUUUGAUUGCUCGCACGGCUCGAAGCCUCCUGGCCUUUUGCCUCCACCUGGAUCGAAGCCCCAUCCUGUCACUUCUACCAUUAUCGUACCAGUGGUCACACCUGAAGUCUCGACUGUGUGGACAACUGCGGAAGUCACUGUGACUCACUGCCCUGCUACGGGGUCUUACUGCCCUGAACACUCUACCGUUACUUCCACUUACACCAGGUCGACAACAUUCUACCCGUCUUCAUCGGAAAUCGCGACACCAAGCUUAGUUUCAAGCUCUACCAGCACGGCUCCUGCUUCUCCAGAUUCGUCUAUCGUUCCUGCACCCUGCCCUGAGGUCGUUCCUAAGUGCAUCAAUACCUGGCUCUCCAUCCCAAAGUGCGACUCCAACAGUGAUGCCGCUUGCUUCUGUCCGUCAUCUGAAUUCACCGGAAAGGUGGAAAGCUGCAUUCACGCUUGGGCAAAGUCAGACCAGGAGAAGGACUCGGCCCUUUCGUAUUUUGCAGGGAUCUGCGCCUCUUAUGUGCCGAAAAACCCUGGUCUGAUUGAUAUCGUCCCUACCAGCACUUCGCCAGCCAGCCAAACUUCCCAUUCAACUGGUCCAGCUCAAGUGAUGACCUCGAUGCAACCAAUUACUCCGACAACCACUGGCUCUGAUACCACACCCUGUACAACGGUCACUUGGUCCACUCAAACGGUCACUGUUCCUCGAGUUGAAUUUAGCACUAUCCCCAUGGGAUCCACCACCUCGGUGUGCUUGGUCGCUGCGACUGUGACGCCCACUAGCUCUAGCUCUCGUGCCAAAACUAGCUGCUCAUCGUUUAAAACUAUUACGACUGUCGUUCCUUGCGCAUGCGAAACCUCUGACGUUUCUACAACGGCGGUUUCGUCUCCCACCGAGACACCUCCCCAUUCCAACGCUGGUUCCAAGUCAUUUACCAACAACGCUCUUGCUGUCGGAGCUGCUCUGUUGAUUCUGAAUUUUAUUUAA